AUGGGUCUCAUUUUGGCUGGAUCGAGGAGCUGUUCCAGCUCGCGUUACACUUGGAGUAACCACUCUUCUCACAAUGACGACACAGGUAUUAUCGGUUCUAGGGGUCAAUUCAAAGUUAACCGGAGUAAAUAAUUUUCCUAAGGGGGGGGGGGAAUAAUUUUUCAUUUCUUGCUAUCCUUUUGAGGUAUAGGGAAGUCGGCGCAGUGGGCCCAUUUUUCAAUAGUCUCGGUGAUAAAUAAGCACAAGGACAGACUCAGACUCCAUCAGGUAAAUCGUUUCUAAUCUAGCUAGCUAAUUCGCGUUUCUAACCGGACCUAGUUAGAUUGCUAAUUUACUGCGAUUAGAUUCCAAAUUCUUCUAACUAGACUGAUAAAUUUUCUAAUUAGAUUGACAAAGCAAUGUUUUCCUAAAUAGAUUGUUAGCUUAGUUUCCAUUUUCAUCUAGUUAGAUUCGGAACUCGGUUUAGAUUACGAAACCCCUAACUAGAUUACAAAAGACUUGCCUGAGGAAGACGAUUGGAUGAUUAUCUUAUUUUACAGGCAUCCGGCAUUAACGCUAAACUUCCACCUGUUUCGUACACGAAAGCUAUUGAUGUUUGGAUUGGCGCCUGUCUCACAUUUAUUUUUGGCGCACUCUUGGAGUUUGCUUGGGUGACUUACAUAUCCUCUAGAAGUUUUUACAAACGUACGUUUUUUCCGAUCAUGUAUGAAAUUUUUGCGCCUCGCCCAUGUUCCCGGAGUCAAAGGCGUGUAUUUAUAGAUGUGUUAUUCAGAUAAAAAAAUGGAUGCAAGCAAUAAUUCUCUUCUGAUUGAAACAAAACAAGCUUUGAUUAUUCCGAACACGCUGGUUGCUCAUUUAAAUGAAGCCAAGGUGAGUUUUCAAUUGAAUUCAAACAGAUAUUUAUUAGAUCAAAGUAACAUGAUUCAAAGAGCUAUUAUGGGCGGAACUUUUUUACAGCAGCGCUCUGUUCCUAAUCUGGCCGAGUUUCUAGACAGUUGUUUCUCACUGAAAAUGUAUCCGAAAUUUCUCAUGUUUUCUUCAAACUCGGCACCGAGGUCAUUGCACUGCAAAAAGAGUUUCUCAACAGAGCGUUAUGGGGCUAUUUAGCGUAUGUUUGUUUUCCGUUUUUUUUUACAUCGCUGAAUUGGAUUUUUUUGACGUAAAAAACGAAAAAUUUUUUUUUUCACAGCCUGAAUAACCCCAUUAUUAUAGGGGCACCGCACAGAAAUGAUUCUCUGUUGAGAAACUCUUUUUGCAGUGCAAAUUUAGCGACCUCGGGGGCCGAGUUUGAAAAGUUAGGCCACAUUUUCAGUGGAAAAUUACUUCGCGGCCUAGAAAUUCGGCCAGAUUGCGAACAGCGCGCCCUUUCUGUCCGGUGUCCCAAUAAUAGCUCGGCCCGCGCAGCGAGCCCCCCGCGGUUUCAAAAUAUUUGUUUCAUUCUCUGAUCAGAACCACGGGUCGUGACGGGAACGUUGAAAACUUUAAUUUUAAUUUCCGCCAACGGCCGAUUGCGUAGCGCCCCUAUCAUUAAGGCAUUAGUCCAAAGCGAAAUUGCAUUAAAGCGCACUUGCGCCAGUGUACCCCGCCACGAUUUUGUGAGAACCAUUCGAAAGUUCACGUGUUCAUUUCUUAAUUACUCCGUCACUAAUAUUUUCCUUUUAUAAAUGAAAGUGGCCGGACAAAAAUCGUAAAAAGAAAGAGAGAAAGAGAGAAAUUCCGUUAGAUUUUUUUAAAAUAAGAAUGAUGAUGAUGAUUUUUAAUGAUUUUUUCAGACUGCAAAUGGUGAUGAUGAGAGUGCAUGUGUUUGGAUCCGACAGAUUGACAACGAUAAUAGCGGUUCUCGUUUAAAUGGAAGUAUUCAUCAGUGCGUUGAUGAAGCGGCCGAACUAAUUCUUUAUCCUACCGAAGAAAAACAGAAGAAAUCUAUGUGGAUGAGAGUCCGUAAGAAUUUUAUUAUAAGCUGGAUUCUCCAUCGUCUUAAUGUUAAUGACAGCGGUAAAAGAGCCGACCUUUAUUCUAGUGAGUUUUCAGAGUUGCAACUACAAUGAUAUUAUUUUUAUAGGAGUGCUUUUCCCGACCAUGUUUUUGUUUUUUAACUUUUUGUAUUGGGCCAAAUACUCACAAUAUCAUGUGCUAGAUGCUAAAUAA